AUGGAAGGACAAGUGUUUGACUCCAACCAGACCAAGAUGCUCGAGUGGAUAAAGCUGGAGAACUGCAAGUGGAUAAAGCUGGAGAACUGCAAGUGGAUAAAGCUGGAGAACUGCAAGUGGAUAAAGCUGGAGAACUGCAAGUGGAUAAAGCUGGAGAACUGCAAGUGGAUAAAGCUGGAGAACUGCAAGUGGAUAAAGCUGGAGAACUGCAAGUGGAUAAAGCUGGAGAACUGCAAGUGGAUAAAGCUGGAGAACUGCAAGGUAAUCCCAGUGGAUUGUGCGUCUACCGCUAUCUCAGUGGAUAAAGCUGGAGAACUGCAAGUGGAUAAAGCUGGAGAACUGCAAGGUAAUCCCGUUGUGCGUCUACCGCUAUCUCAGUGGAUAAAGCUGGAGAACUGCAAGAUUAAAAAAGGAGUCAACCUGGCCCAAGGAGUCAAGUCAACCUGGCCCAAGGAGUCAACCUGGCCCAAGGAGUCAACCUGGCCCAAGGAGUCAACCUGGCCCAAGGAGGAGUCAUAUGAAGAGAACAACACACGUAUAUCUAACAAGGGUAAACCACAGCUUUCAGUGUCUGACGGUUGGCUGAAAACACACGUAUAUCUAACAAGCAAACUCACAUGGGUUAUAUUGGCUUUGAGGUCAGCCUUGCAUUUUGUUUUCAAAGUAGGUGUCAGAAGCAAAACGGUCAGCUUUUACAGAGAUGUGCUCGGCAUGACGAUUUUGCGUCACAAAGAGUUGGAAGAAGGAUGUAAGGCAACUUGUACAUUUACAAACUAGAAGAGGUAAUUAACCCUUUAUGAUGGAAAAGGAAGCAAGGCAAUGGUCAGCUUGGGGCCAGAGUAUGAUGACCUUGUGGCUGAACUGAUCUACAAUUAUAGAGUGGGAGAAUAUCGCCUAGGCAACAACUUCCUCAGUUUGACUCUGCAGUCUAGCCAGGCUGUCAGCAAUGCUAAGCUGCUUGAUUGGCCCCUCACUGGGGUUGGAAAGGGCCUCUAUCAUAUGGCUGAGGCCCCAGGAGGUUAUCGCCUCUACCUCAUGGACAAAGAACAGCCUCCCACUGAUCCUGUACAGAAUGUGUGUCUGGCAGGGUCUGACCUGCAGGAAUCAAUACACGGCUGCUCCUCCCUUCUGGGGAAGAAGGUGAAAGAGGGCAAUGAGGAGAAGAAGACUGUGCUGAUGGGAUUCACAGAAACUCAGUGUAAACUAGAGCUUCACAAUGUUGUUGGGGCAGUAGAUCAUGUGACAGCCUUCGGGCAGAUAGCGUUCUCCUGUCCACGAAACCGUAAAAGUCUUACUCCCUUGGUUAGCCCGAACACCCCUGGGAAGGCUACAGUACAAGUGGUCAUUUGGACUGAUUCAGAUGCAUAUGAGAUCUGCUUGGUUUUUUGA